UUCCGUCCUGCCCUUUUGUCACUUCUCCUCACCCCACCAUCCUCCCUUUCUUUGCUCAGUGGCUCCUCUGCAAAGUCCCAUGACUCAUUCGAGAGGCCACAGAGCGAUUGGGACCGCCAUUGAAACACAAGCCGGUGACAAUGAGCGCGUCUAAUCGAUUGGCGCUGUCAGCGACGCCAUCAGCGACGCCAUCAUCAGCGUCAGCUCGAAGACCACGGCCCGUCGCAGCUGCCACCUCGUCUUCUUCGUCCUCGUCUCGUCAGCCGCAAAUCAGCAACUACUUCACCAAAUCUCAGCAAGCAUCAAAACAGCAUCAGCAUCAGAAUACCCCUCCACCUGCCCCAGAAUCUGUACCAGCACCAGCUGCAUCCACCGCCUCCAGCUCAAAGGCUCCACCUGUCCCAGCUCGGAAGCUGCACCUCGCCGCCCUCGGUCGAGGAUUUGCGUCGACACAGUCGCCGUUGACGUCGCUUUUCAAGUGGGUCCCCGAAGACGAGCAUGGCGAUCACGAAGACUUUUCUACUCCAGCAGUAGGCGCUCGCCACCUCUCGGAGGACGAGGACGAAGAGGAGCGUAGAUGGCUAGAAAGGGCACAAAAGCUUCGCACGAAAUCUAAAGGCAGCGAUGUCUCAGAGCCGCUAGCUGCUCCUGUCGAUCGAGAAAGCUCAAGAAGUGGAGCGAGGCGUGCUACAUCAAAGUCACCGCUACCGAUGCGGAUCCCUGAAGAGGAUCGCACAGAAAAGAGGCAGCGAAGCAGAGUUGCCUCACCCGUGGAACAAAGACGAAGGAGACCGGCUACACCCGUCAACGCUGUCACUCCGAGCCACAAGAGCCCAAAAGCAGCCGCUUCUCGCACUCGCACACCAAAUUCCGCUCAAAGGCUCGCUGCUGCUCAUGCGGCUGCAGGCGCGGUCUCACCGCAGUCGCCCUUCCAAGAGACGCCAUAUAUGCACCAGUCCUUGUCAGAGUUCUCGCUCAUGCAGUGGGAGAUCGACGCUCGUCGCAAAGCACCUCAAUAUCGAGUGUCUGCUGGACUACAGCCCACGGCAGGCGACCUAGAUGCUCAGCGUCAGGUGGAGCGAGAAGCAUUUGACAAGGCAAGGAGGGAAGGCAUCGCUCGAUCGAUCGGUGCGCCAACAGCUAUUGCCCAAACAACAAUCAAGCAUGUCCGGCCACCACAGCGUCCAGUGAGCGCCGGCGGAGACGUACGCGUACCUGUCAAAAGACCUGCAAGUCCACGUCCAAGCAACUCAAGCCCGAAUAAGCGCCUCCCUCUUUCACCUCGCCGGCAGCCGACCGCAACGGGCAACAUGCAUCGCUCGGAUCCUGUGGCAAAUCCGGCUGCCAUCCACGCUGACGAAGACAGCGACGAGGAGAGUCUCCUACGACCUGGUCCGUCGCCUCCAAGGCCAACUCGUUUCUCCUCAUCUCAAGGUCGUGCUGCACCUCCACCAGCGCGAUCAGCAGCAACGCCCGUCGCUUCUGUCCCUGCUAUUCGCUCGCCUCGAUCGCAUCGUAGGAUCUACGCCCUCGAAACGCAAGAUGGCGAGCCACUCCCUUCGCCCUUCCAUGCACGCCGCCUCUUUGCCACAGGUGGCGCCGAUCCGCGUCCAGCCGCGAAGCCAUCUGCGGUAGAACUAUCUCGGCAGCGCGAGGCAUCUUCGAGCCUAUCAUCGGCGCCUUCGUCACCUACUGCUGUUGCGGAAGCGGCGGAAGCGGCCAAGACGCACUACACCACAUCCUCGCCUAGCCUGUCUCCGCAAUCGCCCAUAUCCACGCCCCAUCAUCGUGGUGCUCUUCUGCCAGAUGAAACCUACCGCGAGCCUGACCCUCCUUCGGAGAUACCAGAAACGCCCGCGCGCUCCCAGCCUCCUCGCACUGCCAAGUCAACCGCAAAGAGGGGGCCACUGGGACAGGCAUUGGGUGCUCGCCUUGGCACCAUCCAAUCCACUCAAAAGUGCGUAGUGGCGGCCGCAAACCGUAGCGCAUCAAACACGGACAGCUCCUCGUCGCUGUCUUCACCGCCCGCUGAGACGCAGCCACUGGAGGGCGAGUACGAUGAUAGCGACGACGAAGUGAUUUUAGAGACAAAGCAACGCCAGCCGACACGUGAAAAGCCGGACGAAGUGGAUCGUGAUGCUACGCAGCCCUUGGCAUUCUCGCCGUCGCCAGAGCCGAUGCCAGCCGAUCCGAAGCGAUCUAGCAAGACAUCAACUUCAGCAUCUCAAGCUCGGCCAGCAAUCUCCCGCUGGUCAGCCGUAAACGAUGCUUGGGCAGAUUGGGAACAGCCGCGGGAGAAGCCCUCGCGGACCAGCCAUCAGCCGACACUUGGGCGCUUUGGCUUUGACGAGACGACGCGGUGGCCAUCUACGACGCCACACGAGGAGCAAAGGAGCAGCAAGAGUGCAACGCCAGCUGCGCGGGGCCUCACGGCGGCGCAGCGAGCUCAUUUUGCUGAGCACCCGCUUCCUCGCGACCAGACCGACAUCUUGAGCGACGAGGAGGACGCAGACAUCGAGGAGGCAGUAUUGCGUCGCGAUCAGAAUGGCAACAGCAAAGAGCGCGAUGCUGCGGACGACUCGGGCUUUGUGGAUGCGGCCAACAGUCCAGUGGUGCCUGCUCGGUCUCAACGGGUCCUUCGCGUGGUACCAUCGCCCACUCGAAGCUUCAAUGCCAACGCCGCAGCAGCUGCAGCAGCUGCUCAAGUUACGCGAGCAGAUGGGAACGACGAUGAUGGUGAUGGAGGCGAGACUCAGCCACUCGCAUGGCCUUCCUCGCAGUCAUCGCAUACAGAGGACGAGUCACCGCCACCUCUGCCAUUGCCAGUGAAAAGACGUCGCACCCAGGGGAAGGAGGCUCGACCCAUCGGUGUGAUCAGGCGCGCAAGCGGGCGUUUUGUUGGGGGGAGGGGCGAUGAGGAGGACAAUGGACCGACGAGCUCGCAGACGUCUUCAUCAUCGUCUUCGACAUCGUGGGUACCCAGGUUGGACCAGGGUGCGGGGAAGGAAUUUGAAAGCUUCCUAAGCAGGCUGUCUUGACAAUUUCGGGCGCACGAUCCAUUGUUCAUUCUUAUCAAGAGAUGUACCCAUAUUUCCCUCCCUU